AUGAGCAUUGUACCAGUCGCUAUCGCCAUGGUAGCCUCCUUCCUAUCUGCCAUUAUGAUGCUCGGUGUGUCCGCUGAGAUUUAUACAUACGGAACGCAAUUUAUUGUAUUAAGCCUAUCGCAUCUAUUAGGCAUUUUAAUUAUAUGUUAUGGAUUCCUACCAGUAUUCUUCAAGCUGCAGGCGACAAGCGUCUACGAGUACUUAGAAAAGCGUUUCGGAGUAAGAGCUAGGGUGAUGGUUAGUUUUGUCUGUUGGAUUCAACUGCUUUUGUAUUCAGGAAUAGUGCUCUAUGCUCCUUCUCUGGCCUUGGAGGCGACCACUGGAAUGUCCAAGACUGCCAGCAUCAUAAUUAUUGGUCUU